GAAGUCUAUUCUGAGCUGCCGUGGAGCUGAAAGCAUGACGCCCCCUCCCUCCCCGUAAUCCCAGCUGUUUCCGUUACGCCUCGGAGCCUCAGAGGAGAGAUGCUUCCCUGCAUUACGGGCAUGUGGUCGGUAGUCCGUUACACCGCUCGCCUAAUUUAUCACUCUCCUCUGUCCUCUCAGGACUUCAGGUAAACGCAAACCAGCCGCAGCUACUCUCCUCCCUGUCUCUCUUCUCUCCUCCAAUGCAUUGCGACUAGCGGCUCUCGAGGGAUUCACACCAAGGCACAAGAACUGACCUUUCCUUUGGUUGGCAAUGGCGAUGGGUGCGAGCAAGCUGCGAGAGCGCCGACAGCUCAGGCUGUCCGUGCUGCCGCCGCCGUCGCCACCGCCGUUCACGUACCAGGAACACCCGUUCGGCGGCCUGCCGUCCACGCCGACCGGCUCGGUCGGCCCGGUCGUCGAACGCCUCGCGGAGCUCGAGAAGGGGGGCGUCCUCGGCCACGGCGCGGGCGGCACGGUCUACAUGGCCCGGCACCGGCGCACGGGCGCGGAGCUCGCGGUCAAGGCGCUGCGCUUGCACGGCGGCGGCGGCGCCGCGCUCCGCGAGGCCUACGUGCACCUCGGCGUGGCCGCCGCGGCGCCCGACCACACGCAUGUCGUCCGCAUCCACGGCGUCUUCCCUAGGCCCUCCUGCGGUGACCAGUUCCUGUGCCUCGUUCUCGAGUACGUCCCCAACGGCUCCCUCCGCGACGUGCUCCGGCGGUGCGGCCGCCUCCCGGAGCACGCCAUCGCCAGCGUCGCGCGGUGCGUGCUCCGCGGCCUGCGCCACCUGCACCGGCUCGGCAUCGUGCAUGGCGACGUGAAGCCGUCCAACCUCCUCGUCGGACGCCACGGCGAGGUCAAGAUCGCCGACUUCGGCGCCAGCCGCCACGUCUCCAUGCGCGCGGCCGGCAUCGUGGGGACGCCCGCGUACAUGAGCCCGGAGAGGAUGGACCCCGAAGGUUUCGGCGCGGCCUCGCCGUCGGCCGCUGCCGACUUCUCCAGCGACGUGUGGGCGCUUGGAGUGGUCCUCCUAGAAUGCCACGCGGGCAGAUUCCCGCUUGUGGCGUCCGGGGAGAGGCCGGACUGGGCGGCGCUGGCGGUGGCUGUGUGCUUCGGCGGCGAGCCAGAUGUGCCCGUGGCGGCGACGCCGGAGUUCACGAGCUUCGUGCGGCGGUGCCUGGAGAAGGAAUGGCGGAAGAGGGCCACCGUCGAGGAGCUUCUUGGUCAUCCCUUCGUCUCGGGGAGUCCGCCUUGCUGCGCCACCAACGAGUGGCUCGCCAACUUCCAUGACGAACUGCCAAUCGUGCCUCGUGCGGAAAUGAUUCAACCUACCUAAUAUAAGAUCGACAGUUGGGUUGAAGAUGAAAUAAAAUGAUUCAACCCUACUCCAGUUGAGUAUUAAGAUGCAAAUCCAACCGGAGCAGGAAUGAGGGGCGGCUUAAUCACGAGGGGCAAGAGAACGUGAUCAGGAAUUCAGGAUUCGGAAACAAGAGGUGGCCGAUUUCGAUCGAUCAGCUGCAGGCAAAACCGGUCAGACCCAUCUGUGCUGCACUGGGUGCAUAGCAGGCGACGUAGUGAUUUUGUCAGUUUCUUUUGGGUGAUUUGUCAACUUGCUGGGAGAAUAAUAGGUCAGUUUCUGCCUCAGUUUGUUGUUUCUAGGUACCACUAUAGUGGAGCAAGGAGACAUGGUAAGAUUCGAU